UUAAAAAUAGUUAAAACAAAAAAAUAUAAUAUAUAAUUACUCCACUAAAAGAUUCUUAGCAUAAUUAAAAAUAUAUCUUCUUGUUGAUAUCUGUAUCUGAAAAAAGAAAAGGAGAGUGAACUUCAUUCACUGCAAUCAAACAACUUCCUUCCUUAACCAUCUCUGCAUAUUCAUCUCUUGUAUUUUUCUUGAGAAACAGGAAUCAUGGCUGACUUAAUGGUUGGAGGAGCUCUUCUUUCUGGUUUCAUCAAUGUCCUCUUUGAUAGGCUUGCUUCUAAAGAGGUCCUUCACUUCUUUCAUGGAGACAAGCUCAAUCAAAAGCUGCUCAAAAAGUUGAAGACUAUGUUGCUUUCGGCUAAUGCGCUGCUGAAUGAUGCCGAGGACAAACAACUUGGAGACAACAACGUGAGGAAUUGGCUUGACGAGCUUAAGGAAAUCUUGUAUGAAGCAGAUCACGUGAUGGACAAGAUCAGUACUGAAGCUCUGCGACUCGAGGUGGAGAAGGAUGGACUCGAAAGUACAUCAGCAAGUAAGCACUUUAGCUUUGUCUUUAAUGAUCCAUUUGAAAUAAGUGCUGUGAACUCUGGAUUAGAAGAGAUUCUUGAUAGUCUAAAGGAUCUUUUGGAACAGACAGAAUAUCUUGGUUUGAAAAAAGUUAACCAUAUAACAACAUUACAUAGACCACAAGCUCCUUUGUUAGAUGAUUCACAAGUUUAUGGAAGAGAGGAUGAUAAAGAUGCUAUUCUUAAGUUAUUGUUGUGUGAUGGUGAUGAUGAUAGCCCAAGGAUCUCAGUGAUUCCUAUAUUUGGGAUGGGUGGAAUUGGCAAAACCACUCUUGCUCAAAACGUAUAUUACGAUGUCCCUGUCCAAGAUCACUUUGCCUUGAAAGUAUGGAUAACUGUAUCUGAUGAUUUUGAUGUUCUUAGAAUAACAAAACUUAUUUUGGAGAAGAUCACUGAAAAAGAAUGUAAAGCAAAUGAGCUACAUCAACUUCAGAAAGACUUGAAAGAUGCUUUGGCAAGGAAGAAAUUUCUUUUUGUCCUCGAUGAUGUAUGGAAUGAAAAAUAUGAUUUGUGGGAUCUUUUGAGAAGCUCUUUUCAAUUUGGUGCAAAAGGAAGCAAGGUUAUUGUAACCACACGUAAUGAAGACAUCGCAUUGAAGAUGAAGACGAAAAAUGUUCGAACUUAUGAGCUUAAAACCAUGUCUGAUGAUGGAUGUUGGCAGUUAUUUGAAGAGCAUGCCUUUGAUAAUGUUGACCGUAACGAGAAGGUAUUGUUGGAGCAAUUGCAAGAUAUUGGAAGAAAAAUUGUCAAGAAGUGCAAGGGCCUUCCUUUAGCUGUAAAAUCAAUGGCUGGUCUUUUACGAUCUAUGCGAACUUGUGAAGAUUGGAGACAUGUACUACAAAGUGAUGUGUGGAAAAGACACGACCGUCGCGACAUCGGAAUUGUGCCAGCUUUAUGGUUGAGUUAUCGAUUUCUACCACCUUAUUUGAAGCCUUGUUUUUCUUAUCUAUCAAUAUUUCCCAAAGAUUACGAAUUUGAUGAUGUUGAUAGAAAAAAACUAAUUUUGAUAUGGAUGGCAGAAGGUCUUUUACAGCCUCAAGAAGGAAGAAGAAUUGAAGAUGUUGGAGAAGACUACUUGAAUGCUUUAAUAUCGAGAUCAUUUUUUCAAAGAAACACAAUAAAUCGUUCUUUUUCUAUGCACGAUCAUAUUCAUGAUCUUGCUGUGUAUGUAUCAGGUCAGAGUUGUCUCAUAUAUGAUAGGUAUAAAAAUGGCUUGCACAAGUUCUGUAGCAAGACUCGCCAUCUAUCUUACAUGAAACACAUGACAUAUACAUUAAAAUUUGACGACUUUACUAAUGUGAAGAAUUUGCGUAGCCUGAUUCGAUUACCAUUAAAGUCGACACUUCCAUUUUUUCAAACAUUUGUGCAAGAAAUUGUGUUAAGGAAUGGAGGAUUGAGAGCUCUUUCUUUUGUUGGAGAGCAUAUUGAUUCAAUUAGAAAUUUAAAGCAUUUGAGGUACUUGGAUGCAUCGAACACUAAAGUCAAAGAGUUACCUGCUUCUAUUUGUGUGUUGCACAAUUUGGAAACACUUUUGUUGAGGCGCUGCAUUAUCACAGAGUUGCCUGAUUCGAUUGGAAAUCUAAAGCAUCUCAAGUACUUAGACGUAUCUUACACAAAAGUCAAAGAGUUACCUGAUUCUGUGUGUCUGAUGUAUAAUUUGGAAAUACUAUUGUUGGAAUGUUGCCGACACCUCACUAUGUUGCCAACCAACAUAUCUGAGCUAAUCAACCUUCGCCAUCUUGAUAUCUCAUUUUCGUCAGUAAAAGAGAUGCCGCCGAGGAUUUGCAACAUGAAAAAUCUUCAAAAGUUAAGUGAUUUUGUUUUGUGUGAAAAUUAUGGAUCCAGGAUCAAAGAGUUAGGUAAGUUGGAUAACCUCCAUGGACGCUUGUGUAUUUCUGGGCUUGAGCAUGUUAGAGAAGUGGGUGAUGCUUUGGAAGUCAACUUGAAGAACAGAGAGUAUCUCACAGAGCUUAGUUUAAAUUGGCGUGGUGAAGCAAAUGACUCUAUUAGGGAAAGAGAAGUACUUACUGUACUCCAACCACAUGCAAAUUUGAAGAGCCUCCACAUAAACCAUUAUAAAGGUACAAAAUUGCCGGAGUGGGCAGUAGAUCCAUUGUACUCUAAUUUGGAAGUUUUUUCUCUACAAGGUCAAAAUUGUUGUUUGUCUUUAUUGUCAUUUCAGCACCUGAAUUCACUGAAAGAGCUUGAUAUUGACCUUAUGGCAAUCGAUAUACCUUAUGAAUUUUGUAAUAAUUCACAUAAUUCAUUUCGAGUUUUAGAAACGAUAUAUCUCGCACGUAUAACUACAUCAGAUUGGUCUUUUAUCAGUACAAAUGAUCAAAAGGUUGAUAUUUUCCCUUGUUUGAAGAACUUUAAUUUGUUUAAAUGUGGGAAGCUAAAUGUGGCAUUACCUAUGGGUAAUUUUCCAUCUUUGGAAGAGAUCUAUGUUGGGAGGUGUAAUGAAUUGGUGACUGUAUUUCCAUCCACUACUGAUAUUGAUGUUGCAUAUCCCUCCUUGAAGAAAAUGGACAUACGUUGUUGUUCAAGGUUGGAGUCAAUUUCUGAAAUAGGAUUACUGCCUGUUUCUUUGGAAAGUCUACGUAUUGAGGAUUGCAAUACGGUGAUAGAAAGUCGUAUGCAAUGGAAUUUACAGAGACUCUCAAAGUUGACUGAAUUAAGACUUGACGAUUAUAGAGGAAUGGUGGAUUCAUUUCCCGAGGAAGGGCUGCUCCCACCUAGUUUGAUACAUCUUACCAUCAAGAACUUCGAUAAGCUUACAACUCUAAACGCCAAUGGUUUUCACCACCUCACCUCACUUCAAAAGUUGGAACUUUGGGAGUUGGAAAGGUUAGAGUGCUUGCCAAUAGGACUUCCCCAGAGUCUUAUUACUUUAAGUAUAAAAGAUUGUGCUCUGUUAAUUCCAAGGUGCAAGAGAGAAACAGGAGAAGAUUGGCCCAACAUUCAACACAUACCUUACAUAUAUAUAAAUGAUCAGGCUGUUGAGUCUCUUGUUCCGUCCCCUCAUCUGGAUGAUUGGAUUAGAAUCAACUGUGAUGUUAAAGUUGGUGACGGUUCAAUAUGUGUGGUGGCUUUGGCUAGGGAUCACACAUGA